ACACCAUAUAUGUUUUAUAUUACAGAUUUUUAAUUAUAACGGAGCUUUGUGAGAUCUGACGAAGGUGACGUUGUAACACCGGAAGUGACCAUCCCGACAUCUACCUGAGACAGAACGGGUGUGUAUGAACACAUCUUCAUAGUGAGGCUGGAGAAAAGAAAAGGGAUGCUUGACAAGGAAGGAUUUACACCUUCGCACGUGGCCGCGCCAGACAAUUUUGUGCCGUUUGUUCGUCCUCUGUUGGAGAACAGGGUCAAUAUCAACAUGCAGAAUAAGCAAUUAUCGUACUAUGGUUUUCCGGUGACCAGCCCAACUUCUCAUGCUGAUGUGAUCGCAGUAACGAGCAUGGCCCCUAACGCUGCAGCCCCGGAUUACCAAGCCUUACAUGGUGUACAGACCACAUCUUUUGGGUGUAACAGCCAUUCCCUGACAAAGCCGGGGAGAAAAAAACCUUCUCCUUCAGCCUCCAUGAAAAAGAAUGGAACUCUCCCGAAGGAAGGUGUCAAAGCUGAUGGACAGAAAAAUGGUGGAAUGAAGCUUUCAUCUUCGUCCUCAAUGAGAAAGGAUGGGAAUCUCUCAGAGACAGGUGCAAACGUAGAUAGACAGCCAGCGGAAAGGCAGAAAACUUUACCCUCGGUUUCCAAGAGAAAGAGUGGGAAUCUCCCGAAGAAAGGUGUCAAAGUAGAUGGGCAGAAGACUGUACGUGUUACGAUGUUAUUCAUUUAGACUACUUUAUGUACGAUAUAAGAAAUAUAAAGUGUUCUUAAAUGUACAUUUACAAGACGAAUGCAUGUAACGGCACAUAUAGAUUACAUCUGUCCACAGGUGUUUGUAUCAUGUUUCUAAUGAAUUUUCUUAAAACCUGUCUGCGUGGAUUUACAUGGAUAAAGAUGUUUUUCCAUUGACGUGAAAAGAAAACAGAUCUAGCCCCACCGAACUGAAAACAUAUUAUGCAGAGCAACAAGAUUGGACACCAAGUCAGUGUUCCGCAAAGCUAAUUUCGAAAGAUGAAGCUGUUUUUAAUCUAUUUGGUUUUUUCGUAUAUUAAUUUUGUUGCGCACGUGAUGUCACGAUAAAGGCGUACAUGCAAAACUAUGUUUUUACUUUAGCGAAAAAAGGGGAAAAAUUAGAUAAAGAACGUAGCAAGGUUUAU